AUGCCACCCAAACCCCUCACCAACCUCCCCAUCCACUUCGGACCCUUCCUCGUGACGCCGCAAGUCUUCCACAUAACGCCUCUUAGCUACGCGCUCGUGAACCUCAAGCCGCUGCUGCCAGGCCACGUGCUAGUGUGCCCUCGCCGCGUCGUUCCGCGCUUCACGUCCCUCACUCCCGCCGAGGUGACGGACCUCUUCUCCACCGUGCAACGCGUCUCGCGCGUCAUCGAGCGUGUCUACGGCGCGCAUGCGCUCAACAUUGCGAUUCAAGACGGUCGCGCUGCCGGUCAGAGCGUCGAACAUGUGCAUUGUCACGUUAUACCCCGGCGUGAUGCGGACAUGGACGCGAAGGGCGGUGGAGAUAAGCUAUACGAGAUGAUGGAAGGGGAGGAGGGAGAUGUCGGUGGUGAGUUGAAGAGGAGACAAAACGGAGAGAAGCAGGGAAGAUUUGUGGGCCCGGAUGCAGACAGGAAGCCGAGAAGUGAUGAGGAGAUGAGGAAGGAGGCCGAGUGGUUGGCGGAGGAGAUGGAGAAGGAGGUGGAUUGA